GAUGAUGUUGCACGUGUGUGUCUUCGAUUUACACCUUAAACAAACGCGCGUGAUUCGGACAAGACGACCAUGGUAAACCGAGUAAGAAUAAACGAAGAUACCUAACUUUCUUACAACUUUUCGAACCUGCCUGAUUUGAAGCCGUUAUUCUUUUGUUCACAAAGAGUUUCCGUGGUCAUAUGACACCGAGUCGGUCGCCCUGGCGGACGUACGGGUCCUCUAUCGAGCUGACUGGAAUGCCAUCAGGGGUGCAGAGCUGCUGCGACGCCGCGUCAUCAAGGAGGGUGCUGAUGGUUCCAGGGCAGAAACUGAAGACCUUUUCAAUUGGAAAUGGGUGCGGACGGAAAAUGUAUGUGAACAGCAUGGCUAUCCGGGUCUGCGAGUGACGUGCGCAACAGGUGUGGAACUUUAUGGCGAACGAGUUUACCCUUGCCCUCAGCAGACAUGCAAGCAGCGUUGCGGGACAGCAGUAGCUGGUUUGUGUGGAUGUGAUUCCGCAUGCACGCUUUGCAACGACUGUUGUCCCGAUUACACUUCGAUAUGCGCUCCAGAUGGCGCACUGCCUUAUCCUCCCAAUUUCCCCUUGGCCUGUCGGGUCUCGUCUGCCAACCAACGCGAAUAUAUAAUCCAGAGGUGCGGGUGGGAUUGGGCUGACGAUGAUGUCAGGAACAGAUGUGAAGGGGAUUCCCCCGUCGACCUGGUGUACCAUGUACCAGAUGAAUCAUCCCAUCCACCUCUUUUCAGAAACAGGGAAUGUGCCCAGUGCAACUACAUCAACACAACAUCAGCUAACAUGGUUGACUACGAGACAUACAAGAACACGACGGUACCUCCUUACUGGACUCCGCCACUAAUAGGUGCUUGCCCGAGUGGCUAUAAUGGAUCAACUGAGCUUCGGGAGGGUUGCGCUGGUUAUUCCGCGAGCUUUACCAUCAACGAAUCUUGGUACAAGAAUCCCCACUGCGCCCUUUGUAACGGAGAAGACCUCACGAGUCUCGACUACUGCUACCGAGAGUACGGGAUUGUCGCUCCUGCAAGUCUUGAGAUUAUCUUAGGCCGGGAUUCAGACGCUUGGUUUCCUUCGCCGUCGCUAGAAAUUCACCUUGGGGACUCAGUUCGUUGCCUGCGUAAAGAAUACCACCUGACCAUUGUGCCGAAACCCUCUCAAUCCAGUCUCGCGAUCGAUCCGAAAGAGAGUCUCCCCAUGAGAGCGUACGAGGCCGCUAGUUGUUUGAUACGACGGAUGGCUUGGCAAAGCGUCCCACUGACACUGCCUUUCAUAUCACAGUUGCUCGCCGUCGACGCAGAAGAAUUCCCAACAGGAGAUGGUACGCUGCUCUCAACAUCCCUUGGUAAUUUCUCAGACACGAAAGCGCUCCUUCACGGCUUGUUAACUGUAGAAGAAACGUCGGACGAGUCGGUCCAGGACACGUGGGUUGAUCAAUGCAACUUGGAGGUGGUCGAACUGGCAGAGGUUUGCACUAUUGCAAAUGUGACCAAUGUGAGAACAUGUCACCACCAGUGGUUUAGUACCAAAGACGCAGAAGUCGUAAGCAACAUUUCAAUCAGCAACGUUUCGGUUCUGUAUUUGGGAAAUGGUGUCAUUGUUGAACCCUACUAUCUUUCCCACGUGCACGUGUACCGGAACACCGAUGCUGGCAGGUUCUUCAAUGAAACAGAAGUGAGGGUUUGUGGUCGGGAACUGGAACAACUGACUUGUCGCUUCCCUCCGGUGAAUGAUACAUUGGUUAUUGUGCGAGAUGGAACCGUGUAUCUCUCAUACGCAGGUCGAGAGUUCCUCGAAGGGGAGUUCGUGUCCUUGCCUGAUGGGCUCAUUCUCAUUUGCUCGGAUGUGUUCAAAGAAGAUGGCCCGUACAUCAAUCUAUCAGAGCCCCUCACUUUGGUCAACUUCCUGGGUUUUGUAAUUUCUAUGGCAGCUCUCGUGGCCACUUUUGCUACCUACUUGACGUUCUCGGAGCUGAGGAACGUUCCCGGUGCAGCCAUCAUGAGUCUCUGCGCUGCCUUGUUCGUCGCUCAGCUCCUGUCCGUGACAGCCCUUGGUUCUACUCUAAACAGCUCGGUCUGCGUGACCAUUGCUGUUGUCUUGCAUUACCUCUGGCUGUCCACUUUUACCUGGCAGACGGUGCUAGCCUGGGACCUAAGGAAAACCUUCGCGUCCAAUCGUCCCUCCUUGGGAGCCUCCAAGAUGAAGCGCUUCUUCCUUUACUCUGUCUACGGUUGGGGUGCCCCUGUCUUGGUCGUCAGUGUUUUCUUUGCCUUCCAUCUGUGUGGUGACUGUAUGGGUCUGGGGUACCGAUACGGCAGCGACAAAGCCUGCUGGAUUAUUGGUCGGUUUGCGGUGCUGCUAGCUUUUGGGGUCCCGAUGAUGUCUUCCGUUAUCCUGAAUGGAGUACUCUUCGCAACUACUGUCUGGGGUGUUCAUAAGACCCUGAAGGCAGCCUCCAUGGUACAUCAAGACAGAUCUAAAUCUCAGAGGGCUUCCACCGAGUUAGUAAUUUAUCUGAAGAUUUCUUGCGUGAUGGGCUUCACUUGGAUCCUCGGAUGCCUCGCCCAAGUCACGUCAUACCGCCCUCUGUGGUUCCUUUUCGCCAUCACCAACUCAGCACAGGGCGUCAUCAUUUUCGUAGUGUAUGCGUGCAAUGCUCGCGUGAGGGCAAUGUGGAGGCAACGACUGCGCAGGACAGAGGCCAAGAAAUCUGACUCGGCUGCUCGAACAACUAAGGCGAGCACUCCGGUCACAAAAGGUCACUCCGGAAACAAGAGGGGGCUGUGACGUCAACAGUGUUUAGUGAAGGGCAAAACCUAAUAUUAAUUUGCAUUACCCCGACGAAAUUCAUCUGAUGAAUAGUUUAAUCGCGGUACCCGCUGUACAUUGUACAUCAGAUUCGAUCCAGCCAACCGAUCCUGCAAGCUCGAUGGU